CAACAACCGCAGAGCACUUCUGAGUUUUGCUACUGGCAUACCCAAACCCCUGCAUCUGCUUGUUUUACGCGAGCCAAAUGGCGGGCAGUCGAUACGAAUAUGUGAAGAAGUUCGAGCUCCCAGAUCCGUUGCUGCUGGGGACAUUCCUCGUUUUGCGUAUUGAUGGGCAUGCCUUUCACAAGUUGUCAGAGGCGCACGACUUCACUAAACCAAAUGAUGAACGUGCUCUGCAAUUGAUGGACCACGCCGCAAGAAAUGUCAUGAACGAGUUCAACGACAUCUGCCUUGCAUUCGGCGAGUCAGACGAAUACAGCUUUCUCUUCCGCAAAUCCACGACACUUUACAACCGCCGGCAGUCCAAAAUCAUCACCACCGUCACUUCGCUUUUCACGUCAUCCUAUGUCUAUAACUGGUCAAAAUAUCUGCCAGACAAAGAAUUGAUGUAUCCACCUUCAUUUGACGGGCGAAUCGUGAUGUACCCCUCUCCGAAGGAGAUCCGAGACUACUUCGCGUGGCGACAAGCAGACACGCACAUAAACAACCUGUACAAUACGGUCUUUUGGGCGUUGGUGCUUCAAGGCGACGAAAGCACGACCCAGGCACAUGCUACGCUCCGGGGAACGGUAUCCAGCACAAAACACGAGAUGCUGCAUUCCCGUUUCAGCAUCAAUUACAACAGUCUGCCUGCGCGCUUUCGAAAAGGCAGUGUUCUUGUGCGCGAGCAGGUCAUGCCCGAGAAGGCCGUCCUACUAGCACCAGCUGCGGAAGGGGCAGCAAGCACUCCCGAUGUUGAGGGUCAGGGCAUCCCUCAACCUAGCACGCGCAAACCGCCAAAGAAGCCGAAGGCGCAGUAUACGGUGGAACUGCUACAUUGUGACAUCAUUGGCGACGAGUUCUGGGACCAGCGACCCUAUUUGCUCGCGGAGUAGCCUCAGCAACGGCAUGGUCGAUGCCCCAUGCGUUUUGAGCGCGGGAUCCUGUCAUAUUUGUACGGCAUGUUCUGUCUUCAUUUGCGCCGCUGCCUUCUAGCGGGCCUACUAUUAUUGACCAUGUGCUAAUGGAUGCGUACCGAAGGCAACCUUACAUCGUGCCGAUGAUACAGCAGCCGGAAGCCGCCUAUGCAGCGUUGUAUCGCCUUGAGGCCAGGGUCGUCGAUACGCUGAGAGGAAGAAGUUCUACGUAGGCGCGGAUGCGCCGUCCAAUGCUCCAAUCCGCUUGCAUUCUAAGGUUUAAGCUACAGCUCACGGAGAAGACUUCCGCAGUAAAUAUGCCACGCCCUUCUCGUGAACAGACGUCCCGUUGCGUCCGGCAAAUGUCAAACUGUCGU